UCCACCUGCCGUGGGCGGGGCCUGGGUGGAGCGAGGUUUCGGAGGGCGGUGACGCAGGAGCUAUCCAGCACGUCAGCUCCCUGUUUUGGCCCAGAUUGCAAGAAGCUCGCCUGCGGCCACACGGUUAAAAAUGGCCUCCAAGAUGGCCUCUGCCAUACUGUCUGGCCUUUUGUUCGGGUUGAUGUUUGAGUGGAGUCCAGCAUUUGCUUAUAGCCCGCGGACCCCUGACCCGGUGUCAGAGACAGACAUCCAGAGACUGCUUCAUGGGGUUAUGGAGCAGCUGGGCAUUGCCAGGCCACGCGUGGAGUACCCGGCUCACCAGGCCAUGAAUCUUGUUGGGCCGCAGAGCAUCGAAGGGGGAGCUCACGAGGGUCUUCAGCAUCUGGGUCCUUUUGGCAACAUCCCCAACAUAGUGGCAGAGUUGACUGGUGACAACAUUCCUAAGGACUUCAGUGAGGAUCAAGGCUACCCAGACCCUCCAAAUCCCUGUCCUCUUGGGAAAACUGCUGAGGAUGGAUGUCUGGAAAACGCCCCCGACACUGCAGAGUUCAGCCGAGAAUUCCAGUUAGACCAGCACCUUUUUGAUCCAGAACAUGACUACCCAGGUUUGGGCAAGUGGAACAAGAAACUCCUUUAUGAGAAAAUGAAGGGAGGACAGAGGCGGAAGCGGAGGAGUGUCAAUCCCUAUCUACAAGGAAAGAGGUUGGACAAUGUUGUGGCAAAGAAAUCUGUCCCCCACUUCUCAGAAGAGGAGAAGGAAGCGGAAUAAAAAGAAGACAGUAUGUAGAACCCCAUCCAAUGCUUAUGUGCAUGUUCAUAGAGCCUGUGAGUGACAGCAUGACUUUUACAUAUUUAUGGAUGGAAAGCAGCUGUCCUUGCCGCCAUACCAAUGCCUGUGCUUUCUGCUACAGUAGAAUGAAAGCUCCUUCUCUUUGGGGGAUUUUUUUGAUGUGGAUCUGCAAGAAACAUUACAAUUAAAAUGUAUAUGUCAAGUAUAAUAAAAACACGGAUAUGAAAUACUCAGAUUUCUUGCAGUUUUGGGUUGUGCUGUUUGGGCCAAGUCUGUAAAAAGCUAGCAUUUGAUUUUGAUUAUGCAGUAUAUCUAGCCCUUGGGCCUUGUUACACACCAAUAAAGAAGUUUGUACUCUAGCAGAGGGGCUGACACAUCUCACUCUGCUGCUUCUUAAUAAAUGUAUGUGCGAGCA